GUAACUGCCAUAGGCGUGGCUGUUGAAAUGAUAAUUGUGGCAGUUACCUGAAAACAACAAGAUUAAAGGACGCUGCUGGCGGCGUCUACUUUAAUCUACAAAAUAGCACGUGAGCAGAAGAACAGAACAGCUUAGGGACAGAAAACAAAAUGGUGGAGCACAGAAGAGAGCGAUGCCGUGCCAUUUCCCUCAGGGCUGGACCUAGUGAGGUGGACAACAUCACCCUGUCUGAUGUGAAUCUCAGGAUCCAUGCCAGGGCUGCCCGGACUACAGGUCGUCAGCUGGCAGAGAUUGGUGACAGACUGGAGCGUGAAUGGGCAGAGAGACUCCCUAAUCAGUGGCCUGUGCCACAAACUCUCCAUGUGACAAGGCCUGCCCACGCCCUGACUAGAAGCAUCUACAGGGGGAUACAAGGACAGCUUUGGGGAGUGAAGAGUUUGCCCGGUGUGGCCAAAGCCUGGUUGGCCUCCGCUGUCCACAGGCAGGCUACACAGAGAGCAGAGGCUUGGGUAACCUGGGUUUCCAGUAUUCAACCUGCUAACUACCCUGGUUGGGCCAAAGCAACACUUGCCACUGUGGCACUGGUGGCCACGGUAACCAUUUGCACUGCAUUGUGGAAGGAGUAGAAAGGAUAACCGCUGCACUGAGGGGGCCUUGGCUGGACUUCUGGCUACAAUGUUUUGUGUUGGACAAUUUCCUAAUUGAGUGAGAUUUUUAAACAAUUUUUACUAUAGACUUUAAUUUAAGAAAAAAAGAAAGUGUGUGUUCUUGAAUUGAUUGUGCUGGAUCACGGUUUUUAUAGUCUUAUCAACUAAUGCAUGUUUUAAAGACUGUUGCUGGUCUGCAGUCUUUUCUAUGAAGAUUGGGCCUGUUACUGGUUAGACAUUUAAUUGCCACAACUAUCUUAUGUAGCUUAUUACACCAUUAAAUGGACGCUGGAAAAUUAUUUUUUAAUGACUUGAGAAAAAAAUUAAACUUGAAAAACCAAA